AGUAUUCCACUAAACACAAGAACUGAAUGGGGUGUACAAUAAUCACCCCCAAAUUGUGUUGCCAGCAGUAUGCAAAAUAGUCAUUCAAUAUGCCCAAAAAGAAGCCGACACCCGUUGAGGAACUUGUUAUACCUCCUCAAAAUACUAAAAUUUGCGGAACGAUUUGUUUAUGUCAGUUAACUUUAAUUCUCAGCAGUGUAGCUAUAGUGUACCUAACAGUCGCAAUUUAUGUUCCUUCAACUCGUGCAAUGAAGUCAGGAAUCUCAGAAACGCCAGUGAUGUGUACGACUACUCGGGCCGUUCAAGUGGAGUCUUGUGAUUGGGGCUCGUGUGGGGAAUGGUGUUUAAGCAAAACGUCAGGAUCUUGUAUGCAAAUUUACGUUAACCUUAGAAGAAAUGGUUCAAAUUUAUUAUUAGUGAACUGUACAAGUAUAGCGCAGAAAAUUUGUUAUGGUAAAGAUCAAGAAAACGCUAAAAGAAGUAGAUGCAUUGCAGAUGAAUGUAAAAAUUUGACAGGAACCUUCAACUGCUCAAUGGGUAUGUGCCUAGAUUUGACAGAUUCUUUUGAAUGUAUUUAUAAAUAUACCGAUCCACCUUUAAAAUGUUCUGGUAGAAGAGGUAAAAUUACUUGCAUUGACUUAAAUGGAUUGUAUAGCUGUAAUCGAGGUACCUGUGAAAGAAUUCGAACCCCGUACAACUGUGAUCGUCAUUGUGGAGGUGCGGAUAUCGUUACAAGAAACAAAAAUGUUAUAGUGCUUAGUGGAGAUGAGGUAUACUUAUCGCAAUGUCAAAGAUGCAUCGACAGUGAUACAGGACAAGAAGUUUGGAAUGAGUCCCAAGACAACGUUAUGAUGGCUUCUUGUCAUUCCAUUUUAAACACUUCAAGAGGCUUAGAAGCUACAGAUUGCGUAAAUGGUUCAUUGUUAGCAAAUAAUAUGCUACCAAAUGUAACAAACUUUACGUACAUUAGUUAUUUGAGUAUUUUUAGUACUGUUACUUUAGACGAACGACAAAUAGUUGCUCCUCCUGAACCUGAUUUAUUGAUUGCAAACGACAGUAGAUUACUCAUAAAUCUAGAAGGUUGUGUUAAUACUCUUAGAGAUGAAUGCAGAGACUUUUUAAAAGUUUACGGUAAAGACGGUACUGAUCAUUUUGCUAGAGCGCGGUUUCCUUGUUUCUAUUCCCUGGAUAAUCCAAAUGUAGUGGUAGCACGCUUCGAUUUGGCAACAACAACAAAACAAUUUUUAAUAGCAUCUGUCCUGCCCGUAGUACUAUUGGUAGUAUCUUGUUUAACACUUAUUCUUUGCCAGCGUGCAGUUGUGGUGGGCGAUGAUGCUAGAAUGAGAUUCCAAGGUUGCAUAAAAUCCGAAGCUCAGCCUCUCGAGAAAACUGCUUCGACAAACAAUAUUAAUGACAGAGGUGGUGAUAAUUCAAUUAUGGCACUUUGAGAUCAAGCACGCAUUCCCCUUCUAUUGGACCGAGACUGAAACGCUUCAUUAAACUUCGAAACCAUCUCGUAGGGGAAAGCGUAUUUUUUGGAUUUUAGCACAGCUAUUUAUUGAAUACUCGAAAACUUGUAAUUAUGAGCAUCACAACAGAAAAAAACCAACUCACUCUUAUUUCAAUCGUGGAAAGCGCCAAAUUUUAUACGUCAUUAUGUCUCGGAACCACAGCUAUUCUCUCGGUAUUCGCUUUCUUAUUUUUGAUACCGUUUGUAGUUGACCCGGCUAUUACAAGUCUUCUAGCUGAUUAUGAACCAGAGCCUGUGACGUGUAUAGCUACUCAGCAUAUUUACGCUGAAGGGAUAUCGAACUGUUCCUGGUCGUCAUGUCGUGAAGGCUGCACACGCGAAGCUACUAAAUGUCAUCAAAUCUACGUCAAUUACUCAAAAAUACCUUUUCUAAAAUACCAAAGUGAGAUGAUGGGGAUAAUACAAUGGGACGUAGCGGAUACUAGAUUUUUAAUCAAUACAGAGGGUUGCGGUUACCCUCCAUCUGUCAACUGCUCUGAGUUUGCCCAUCAGUAUGGAUACAAAACUGCCGGUACUCCCUUUCCAUGUUACUACAGCAGAGUUUAUCCCGAAAUGCAGGUCGUUGCGAGAUAUUCAUGGGAUGAUACUCUGCGCCACUUGGUACUCUCUAUCGCCAUUCCUAACCUGUUAUUUGCUGCUUCCAUAGGGGUACUCAGCUACUGGUAUUGUCCUGGAUGCGGCAGAUCCUGCCAGAAGUACAUACAUCAUUUUCCAACGCAAGAAGAAGACUUCGACGAAAACAACUACUAGCACACAGCAAAUUCUUGAACAUUUUAAUAUCUUAUGACGUAGGCUUUGACGAAAACUUUCCCUUAAAAAGAUUACCUUUACAUUAAACUAGACCGUUGAAGGCGUUUACAAAUAUACUAUCACGCUUUUUAAGGGCCUUGUGUGAACACAGCUUCUUGGCAUUUUUCUUUAAUUAUCUGGAGUUCAGGCACUAUCAAAAGCAGUUGAACCUGUAACAAUAUCUGGAUAAUAUAUUAAGAAAAUAAUGUAAGGGUACAUUGAUGUAAAGCCCCGUGGGAUUCGUCUUCGUAGAACCCGAGAUCUGUCAGGUUCGAAUCGAUAUUGGUAUUUUCGGUGCCUCUGGGGAGAGGUUUUGUGUUUCAUAGUACUGAGAUCAUCUUCUUUACACUUAAAGUUGACCAAGUGUUUUUGUAUUUCGAUAGCAUCUCUGAACAUAUGUUGAUAGAUGUGUAAUGCUCUACUAAACAAAUACACAUUUACGACAUAAGUAUUAGCAGCAACAAAGACCAUAGAUAAAAAAGGAGAAAAAGAGCAGGUACAAUGAAGAAUGGAUUUCUUUCUUGUAAAUAGGAUUUCCAAGAAAGCACACAAGAAAUAUAUAGAAACAGAACUUGAGAAAGAAGAACAAUUUUGUGAAAAAGUAGGUACGACGGUGGGCGGAAAAAAUAUUCAGAAGAGAAAAAAGAAAAUUCGAAAAUUAUGAAAUAUAGAGAAUGGAACAGAACUUUUAAAGUAACGAUUUAGGAGAAGCAUAUACAUAUUUUCCAAAUCUAAAGUAGUCUAACCUUAAACAUAAUUGUGUAGAAACUAAGAAGGAGAGAAAACCUAUUUGCAAACUACUGCAAACACAAGAAAAUAACCAUUUUUGCAUUUGCGGCAGAACAACAGAGGGAAUGAAGAAAUAAGGAACUUGCCUCUCGAAGAUGUCAAACAAGUACCUACCGCACAACACAAGCGCAAAGGAACCGUAAUUCGACGACCUUCUCUACGAAGUGCUUAAUUUUUAUAUUAUCUCCAUCAGAGUAGCUUCUUCUCGAUAAUAGUUACCUUUCUUUGGUUUCUUAAGGAUUUGAUGUUUCUCGUAAUUGCGGUGAUUAACAUUGUCAAUAUGUUAAUUUUAUCAAGUGUGAGUUCUUUCACUAACAAUAUUCAAGGGUACAGUAGGAAAUGGAAAGGGAAAUUCUAAACUGUUGAAUUUCUUCUACCUUAAUCAUUUUAGAUCUAAAUGUAUUAGAAAUUAUUUAUGGAAAGCUAAAAUUUGUAUUAAAUAUAACUGUUGAAACUUUUUUCGACAUUCAGUACAUUCCAAAUAUUGUAAGAAUUAGGUAGUUAAUUUUUUUAAGAAUAUUCAAUAAACACCAAAAUAAUCAAUGAAAGUUUUGAUAAGCCUGAAGCAAAUAAGAUAAUUCAAGAAAAUUAUCAGUAAAAAGACAAGAUCUGCUUAUAAAGAUAUUUAAAAAAUAAUAGUAUUUUAAACUAAUCGAGUUGAUACAGACUAUUUAGGAGUUAUGAUAUAAGGUUUUACUUCUUAAAGCGCUUAUAUUAGCCUUAAAUACUAUAUUCAAAAAAAUUUGUAAAUAAAUAAUACAUGAAAUUCAGUAUAUAAUAAUAAUACUGUUAAUUUUG